AAAAGCUUUGAGACAGGAGUACAAGAGGGUCGCAGCACACAAUGGAAGAUCGGGAAAUGCCCCUGCAACAUGCCCUUUCUAUGCACAGCUUGCAAGAAUUUUCAGAGGGGAUGCAAGCAUACGGCCACAAAGGGUGGCAAGAAGUCUUAACCUGCAGUCGGUGAGCAAUGCCGACCCCUUGGGGGAAGAUCUGUCGAACCAUGGCGUUCCCGCUCCAUGGGAGGGAUCAGAGGAACUAUUCACACAUCCAAUGGUCACUCUACAUCUUCAGGCGGUCCCCGCUUCCACUCCCAAUGAUUCAGGGCUGGCGCAGGUUUCAGCGGAGAAGGGCUCUGUGAAAGGAGAGGGGGACUUCACCUUGAUCAGCAAUGUGCAAGGUUCUUCCACGGAACAAGAAACAUCAAUCGGAGAAGCACCCCCCAUGGCCAUGACCGAUCCAGAGGAUGAAAAUGCCACAGAUGAUCCAGAUUUAACUCAGGUAGAGGAGUUCCCGGAGGUGACAGGACAGGGCGCAGAGGAUCCGCAAGGAGAUCUGAACAAUCCACCAGCAGUGGAACAACCGCAGGUCCCCACGGCACAACUGUCUCCAGCUACGCGCUUAGAAAAGGCGCGCACCAGAACCAGGCGCGUCUCUGUCCUCACCAACGUUGCAGAGAGAAUGCUAUCUCAGGCACAGAGGGAGGAACAGAACAACAGAAAGGAACGUGGAGAAAUUCUGGAGGCAACCAGCCAUUGGCAUGCAGCCAUGGAAUCAGAGACAAGAUGGCACGAGGACAUUAUCAGGGAGGCAAGAGAGGAUCGUAGGGCUUUUAUUGAGGCACAGUCACAAAAUAUGGAGGGGCUUAAUAGGGCUGUUGGUGCCCUCAGCUCCUUGACUGAACUCUUUGUCAGGGAGCAAAGAGCAGGCCCGGUUGCAGAAACUUCACAAAAUGCCAACAGCAAAACACGCGAUAACGAUCAUGAUAAGGCACCACUAAGAAAAAGGGCUCGGAUCAUUAAAAAGAGAGAAAGAUAUGAUCCAUCCCUCUGAGCCCCACAUGUUUUUCCGGUGCAGCAUUUGGGUUAGAGUCUGCAUAUCACAUGUAUCAUUGCUGUUGAAAUUAUGUUUGUCACAGCUGUAAUUGUGUUUUUCGAUGUUGGCGAGGGGUUGACAAUGGCCAUUAAAAAAAAUUGGAUUUUGUUACGCACCGCAAACCAGGUGCGGUUUGCCAGAUCUAUUUUUUGACCACGGUUGUUUGAAAUGUUGACCCACGGGAGAAACUUCACAGUUUUAAAUUUGUUUUUUAUUCUUUUCAAAACUUGAAAGAUUACAUGUGAGGCAUCAUAUGGACACUUAACUAACAUGCAUGUUAAAUAAAUCUUUUCUACAUCUCCUUAAACC